AGUGGUUAUUAAUCCUCAAGUGUGGCGGCUCCUCCAGUUUACCCCCCAAUCUCACACCACCCAAAUGAGUGUAGAACUUGACCAAAACAUUUAUGUCAGUGCUUAGUUUUAACAGAGUUUCGGGAGAGCAGUACCCAGACAGAUCCUGUGUUUAUCCCGGUAGUCUGCACACAACUCCGAUAUUCUGACACAACCAGGGGAUUCGGCACACAAAGUGACCGGCUCGGAUCACCAGGCCGGUUUUGCACCACUGUCUUGGUUGCAACAGUGAUCGCGAUUUCUAAUUGCCUUAUAUUGCUGCCACCCCUUGCAUCUCCGCCUUCCAGCAAUAACGGCUUUGUGCUCUGUUUGAUCACCAAACCUUGCUAUCUGAAGCACCCACACAGACUCCGCCUGCUCUCCUCGUCGGCUGUGCUUGUUUCUACAGAAAAGCACGGAGCUCAUUCCUUUUAUUGUUAUUUAUGGCAAUUUAUUAUCGCAACCACAACCCAGCAUUGCAAACGGCUACAGACCGUUCCAAACCUUGAAGUGCGGGCUGGGAUUUUGGUUUCAAAUUUCAAGGAGGACACAUCUGCACACUAGCUGUGGUCUUUUUUAAUCGGAACGUGUUUGAAGCUGAGUCCUGCAGUGUGGACCCCCGGGCUCAUUGUGGACUGCCCUCCUGUGGGGUCCUGUGUCAGCUAGCCAGGAGCAGUGCUGGCUGGGGUGUUCUGCCUGUGAUGCUGGGAAGAUCAGGCUGUCCUGCAGCUCAGUGCAGGGAGGCUGGCCAGAGGGUGGCUGCACUGUGACCAUGGUGAUGGCGAGCUGUGGCUGCGAGGGGGCCGGGCUGGCUGGGCUGCGGUGCGAGGACCCUGGUCAUGUGAUGAGGGCAGUUGAGGCACUGGUCAGUGCUGUGCAGGAGGAUCGGGACGGGGAGGUGGAGAGGCUCCUGCAAGACCCAGACAGUGACGACUGCAUCAAAGCGCUGUGUGGAUUGCUGCAGUCCCUGGACUCCAGGCUGUGCAGUAACGCUGCCUACCUGGUGGGCCUGCUGGCGGAGAGUGAGGCAGGGCUGCGCAGGCUUCUGGCACAGGGGGGCAGCUCCUCCCUGAUGGGGGCACUGUUGGCGCUGCUGCAGCAUCACGACCCCGAGACCGUGACGAACGCGGCGGGAGCCAUCGCCACUCUGGCCGAGAGCGGCGCCGGCCGGCAGUGCGUUCUGAGCGACGGCGUCUUCGGCGAGCUGCUCGGCAGCGUGGCGGCCCUGCUGGAGGCCGCGGGCGGCUGGACGGUCAGUAACGCGGCGCUGGUGGUGGCGCGGCUCUCCCAGUCCGACGACGGCAGCCGGAAGCUCCUCGCUCACCCCGGCGCCCCCCACCUCCUGCGGCAGCUCACGCGCUGCCUCGCGCACGACCGCGCAGGCUGCGGGGUGAAUGCGGCCUUCGCUCUGGGCCGCUUGUGUGACUGUGAGGAGGGGAGAUGUCACGUCCUGACGCUGGCGCAGGAGCAUGACCUGGUGGGUGCUCUGCAGGCCCUGCUGGCUCAGGGAGACCCAGGGGGCGGGAAGAACGCUUGCUUUGCUCUCAGUUGCUUGGCGACAGACGAGGAAGGCCACGCCCACAUACUGCAGAGCCCCGCCCUCCCGAAACUGAUGGAAGCUCUGCAGCGCCUCCUGCAGGUGGAGGAUGAGGAUAGCGUCUGGUUCGCUGCCGUGGCUGUGAAGGUGCUGCUGUCCCGGCCCAGAGGAGUGCUGGCUGUGAGAGAGCACAGGGCGCUGCAGGACCGGCUGCAGGCUCUUUCCUGCUCCGACUCCAUUGGGAAGGAAGUCUUGGAGGAAGUGGAUACAUGUCUGAAGAAGCUGCAGCGCAUCUCAAAACCCCUUCCCCCAAAAACAAAACCCCUCAACUCGGGUUCCUACCUCAUCUACUGGGAGAGGGCUCAGCUAGAGAGUGGGCUGGAGGUCACAUACAGCCUGCUGGAUGGCAAGAGGCUGCUAUAUCGUGGUCCCCAGUGCCGAUUCACCCUCGACCUCUCUGCGCUCGAAGCAAGUCACACACUUACCCUCCGGCUCGUCCAAUCCACUGCGGGAGGUGAUGUCAGCCCCUGCAGCAAGCCCACGCUAUUGGCUGUGGAGAAGGAGUGGGAGGAGCCAGCCCCGCCUGGCCCACCCCGAGAUCUGCGUGUGGCUGGCUGUACAGCCACACAGGUCAAGCUGAGCUGGGCGCCCCCUGCUGGCGGGCCUGUGCCCAAAGCCUACCAGCUGUAUCGUGGGGCCACGCUGCUGGAAACCCUCACUGAACUGAGCUGCAUUACCGGGGGUCUGUCUCCUGGGGCAACCUAUCAAUUUGGGGUGUGUGCCGUGGGGCCGGGAGGCAAGCUGGGGGAGCAGGCGACUGUCCAGGCCUGGACCACAGACCCUCAGGACCACGCUCCCAGCCGGCUGACAGUGACGGUCUUGGGGCGGCACGAGCUGCUGGUGACCUGGGACGUCCCCGCGGUGCCCCUGGGCAAACUGUUCAACUACGAGCUCAGCAUCAACGGGCGCGUGGCCUACCUGGGCACCGAGCGCUCCCACGCUGCCCGGCGGCUCAGCGCCAGCACGGAGUACACCUGCACUGUCACCGCCAUCACCAGCGGGGGGCGCUGUGACAGCCGGCCCGUCACGAAGAGGACGGCCAGGGACGAGUAUGAGCACACGCACAGGAGUCUGUACUCCCCAGCCCGGCCAUCACACCCCCCCUUGCCCUGCGGUCCCCCUCCCCCCAGUAAAGAGGCCACGGACGUCGGCGAGCGGGUCAGGAGGUCGCGGCGGCAGCCUGGCCGAGGGCCCAGGGCUCACCUCUCCCUGAGCAGGAGUCUGGACAGGCAGGCGGACAGCGAGAGGGACAGACGCAGGAGAGCCUCAGUUCAGUCACACGGUUCAGAGAGCGGAGGUCCGUCAAGCCACUCCAAUGAGGUGGCUCUGGGCACCGUGUGUGGGUACGACGUGGGCUCGGCCUGGCAGAGCCUGAGAGCCCUCAGCAGAGGGGGGGCACCGGCCCAGUGCGCUGUAGGAGCACAACAUCUGCAGUGUCUGGGCAAAGCUGUCAGUUUCUACCUCACAUGGUCGCAGUGA